CGAUGGCGCUGAGCCCCCUGCACACGCCCCUGAAGGGUUCUCGCGCCAACGCGCGGGGAUCUUCGGGUGGUGCGGACUCAAGGAUCCUGACCGCUCUCUUCCUCGGGGUCGCCGCGGGAGCUCUCGCUUCCACGGUCACGGAGUGGGCGCGACCCGCGCCCUCCCCCGCGAUCGGGAAUUUCGGCACCCAGGCCGCGGGCUGCCCCGAGUGCCCCAAGUGCGAUGGACCCGAGCCCAUCGAAGCGUCGAGCGGACAUCCGCCCGCGAAACUAUCCAAGUACGCCCAGCUCAGAGACUCAGAGCACGCCAGCGACGGCGCGUCCUCUUCGAGGGCGCUCAGCGUGGGAGGCGUCACCAACGACAGAUUGAUGCCCGGCGAGUGGUGGACUCCCAAGACUGCUCCCGCGGCGACGGGCGCGGAGAAAGGCGACGAGACCCUUAAGGCGAUCCUCGAGGAGAUCGCCCCUGAUGGCGAGGUCCUCGCUGCGGUGUCAAACAAAGCCCUCAUCAACGAAAAAGGGGACUACGGGAUGCUCAGGACCUGGCUCGACGGCGUGCAGCGAUCCAAGGUGAAGAACUACCUGGUGAUAUGCCUCGACGAGACGGUCGCGGGGACGAUGAAAAAGCUCGGGGUGCCGUACUGGCACAGGGAGAGAAAAGCACUGGCGGACGGGGACGAGACGAACCACGGCAUAUCCGCGCAAAAGUUCCACAUCCUCCGCGAGUUUCUCGUGCUCGGGUACUCCGUGCUCCUGUCCGACGUGGACAUCGUGACGCUGGACAACCCGUUUGAUCACCUCUACCGGGACAGCGACGUGGAGGGACUGAGCGACGGGUACGACGAGCGCACCGCGUACGGUUGGAACGACGGCAUCGACGACCCGAAGAUGGGCUGGGCCAGGUACGCGCAGACCAUGCGGGUCUUUGCCAUGAACUCUGGUUUGUUUUAUUUGAAGCCGAGCGACAGGACGGUGCAGUUCAUGGACGGGAUCACCGCGCGACUGGAGCGAGCUAAGGAGUGGGACCAGGCGGUGUACAACGAGGAGAUGUUCUUUCCCUCGCACGGCGAUCACGUGAACCCCGGAGUGACGACGCGCGUGAUGGAAAUCGACGUCUUCAUGAACAGCAAGACGCUCUUUGUCGCGGCCAGGCACGAUAAAAAACGCAUGCGGAACCUCAAGCCAGCGAUGGUUCACGUGAACUACCAUCCGGACAAGUGGGAACGAAUGAAGGCGAUAUGGGCGUACUUCGUGGACGGCAAGAAGAAGGCGCUUGAUGCGUUUCCCGACGGGUCGUGCAAGAACGCUCCGGACUGCAGAUAGCAAUAGCACCCCGAGUGUAUUCAUUUGUGAACUUGAACUCUUUGCGCC